GCUCUCACUUCCCAGCGCACCGAUCACUAGCAUUCUUGCACUCUUUCUUCCGGUUGUAUCACCAUGCGUAUAGAAAAGUGUUAUUUCUGCUCCAAGAGCGUAUACCCAGGACAUGGUAGCGCGUUCGUACGGAACGAUGCAAAAGUUUUCCGCUUCUGUACUUCAAAAUGUCACAAAAACUUCAAGUUCGAUGAAGCGUAACCCUCGUAAAGUAAGGUGGACUAAGGCGUUCCGGAAAGCAGCUGGGAAGGAGAUGACUAUCGACUCAACGAUUGAGUUCGAGAAGCGCAGAAAUGUCCCUGUACGCUACGAUCGCGAAUUGGUGCAGACGACUGUCAAGGCAAUGAAGCGGAUUGCGGAGAUCAAACAGCGCAGAGAACAUGCGUUCUGGAAGAACAGGAUGGCUGCAAGCCGAGAGAAACUGCGUGCACAUCGCAAAAAGACGGUGGAGAAGACUACCGUCAGGUUGGUAGAACCAAUGGCUGUGGAAUCGAUGGAGGAGAGAGUCCGAGAAAAGAUCAAGGUCCAUGCAAAGUCUCGGAGUGCUCUAAUACCAGGCGAAGGCCGUUCGAUGGGUAUGGAUAUAGAUUAAUUUUGUCAUGUUGGUGUUUCCUCGCUCGUUCUGUACUCUGUUUUCUCGUCUCCAGGAUCCAUAACGGUCAUAUUAUGCUACAAGUGAACAUGCAUGCUGCAGAUAUACACAUAUGAUGGUAUGAUAUUACAGAUGGGUAACGAUAUUCAAGGUAUGGCAGGUCAUCGCUGUUUGUACUUCGCUUCAUUCUCCAGCCUCACGCCAGGGUCCAAGGUAUUAUGAAGACCCAGAAGUGUCUUACUGAUGGCUUCACUGGCACCAAUCAUAGGCUUUAAAACCGCAAUUGGUACUGCACGCACAACAGCGCGGACGGUGCCCUGUAUCCGACAUCAAAAUGCUGCAUCCUAGAAGAAGGGGUAAUUAACUUACCUCACUCCCUGAUCUCUCAUACACCUCCAUCGGAACGGCGAGGAUCGUCUGCGCAGCGGAAUUGAAGUUUCUUCUCAGGCUUCUGACCGCGGAUUGCACCCCUUCCUUCACAUUGGUAGGUUGGUCUGCAUAUCUACUGAUCAGCUCCUCUAGCUCCGCAUCUUCGGUUCCUUCGUCGAGAUCAAGAGCUGCAGGGCUAAUCUGCAUGGCUUCUGCAGUAAUGGGAUUCUUGAAUUGACCUCCCAAGACUGUCUCCGCCUGUUCCAGGAUGACCUGCGUUCCAGUGGCAAGCCGUGCUCCCAACUUGAUGGCUUCAGUGGCUGUGGACUUCACGAAAGCUGUUGUACCCUUUUGCAGUCCCCGAACAACUCGACCGUCUUUGCGAUACUGUGAUAUGGGCAGGAGUACUAGGUCAGCGACACCUGAC